AUUUGAUAUAUGUUUACGGACAUCUGCCAGUCUAGCAGGAAUGCUUCAUUUCAUACCAAUGCUUGAAGAAUCAAAGAAUUGCAAGGGCAUCCCACAAGAUGUGAAAUCACGGUUCAAAGAAACUAUUGGGCUGGUGACACAGAUUGGAAGCCAAAGAAAUCAACUGAUAGCUAACUUUUUAAACAUUUUCUCAAUUCCCCAGAUUGCAUCUGUGUCUACAAGUGAUCUACUCAGCAACAAGGAUGACUAUCCAUACUUCAGUAGGGUGGUACCACCAGAUAGGUUCCAAGCCCAAACUAUGGUCGACUUAAUGUUACACUUCAAUUGGAG